AUGCAGUCCCUGAUCAUUGCUGCACUGGCGGAUUUCGCAGCUGCCACUCCUCUCGGCGAGAAUAUCUUUGAGCGCCAGGUCAAUUCUCCGUUCUGCUCUACUGUCAGUAGGCCAUGCAAUUCUGCCGCCCAAACAACCUCAGUCGCCGCAUACUGCUCGGAGUAUCUCAAGGUCCCUGCUGCGACUGCCACGACGACCAGGACUCUUACAACUACUAUUUCUUCCGCUACGACAAUCACCACUUCAGCCACUGUAACAUCCACCAGAUCUACCACUAGUGUUACAACUACAACCGUCUACAGUGGUAGCACGAUCACUGUGACAAGCACUGGCACAGCUGUGUCGUUCUGCAACAAUCCUCUCGAGACUGCUGUCAAGGCCAAGCGUGCCAUUGCCAAACCAAGCUGUCUCUCCCGCUACACCGCCUCAGCUCAAAUCUCCUCCGCCUGCAGCUGCUAUAACAUCCCCAAGGCUACCGUGACCUCCACCCGCACCGCCACCUCUACAGUCAACAAAGGUGCCACCAUCUACACCGGCAAGACGACCACUAUCACUCGAACCCAGACUUCCCUCGUCACCUCGACUGCAACCGCUCAGCGCACCAUUACCACAACCUUCUACCCCAUCGCCUCUUCCAACCCCGUCCAAACCUACGGCUUCCGCGUUCUCGCCCCACCAGAAGCCGGCUCCGCCAUUGCAGGAAAAUGGAUGAUCUCCCCAGCCAACAACCACAAAGAUGUCUUCGACAACGACGACUUCGACGAAUUUCAAGCCUCGUUCGCCGUCUUCAACGGCAGUGCCUUCCGUGACGGAACCGUCAUGGGUUUCGUUGGCAACAGCAUCCAAGUCCUUGAGGACCUGCCUCCAGCGGCAGGCGGUGACCCCUGGGGUGGCUUGUACGGCAACGGUGGCGCUCCACAGGUGCACUUCGGAUGCUGGGGCAAAUGCUGGAAUCCGGAUAAGAUUACUUGCCGCGCCAUUGGUGGCCCGAAUCAGACUUGCAAGUUGGAGUGCACGAAUCCUUUCGAUGGAGGGAGUCAGAGUUGGGCGGGAUGUUUCGGUGAGGAGGGAAGGAGGAGGGAUGAAUGGUUGGUGGGUAAGAAAGAGAGGACCGAGUAUAGGGAUUGUCCGGUCUUUGAGCCCAUUCUGGUCUCCGUUUCUUGA